AUGGUCGGACUGAGAUUUGCCGUCUUCGUUGCACCUCCAGUGCCCUUCCUGAGUCCUCUUACAAAAUCCAAAGGCGGGCUAUGGUCACCAAUCUCGUGCACGCUUAUAUACACCGAACAAGAGGCUGUUCUUGUCGAUACACCAAUCACCGAGAGCCAAACCUCGGCCCUCAUUGAAUGGAUUCAAGAGGUAGCUCCAGGUCGAAAACUGUCUUUCAUCUACAUCACUCACGGUCAUGGCGAUCAUUUCUUCGGCCUACCGCAACUUCUUGAGAAAUUCCCUGAAGCAAAGCCUGUAGCCACAGCAGCAACGCUGAGACACAUGGAAGAACAGGUGGAGGAGCAGGGAUUCAAUGCUACGUGGGAAGCCAGAUUUCCCGGCCAGAUUCGUCGUCCAUUUGUCUUGGCACAAGCUCUAGGCCAGGAAAACAACUUCAGGUUGGAGGGCCAGUGGCUCUUUCAGGCCAUUGAAUGUGGACAUUCCGAUACUUAUGACUCUACGGUCCUCUGGGUGCCCGACUUGCGCCUCGCGGUUUGCGGUGAUGUCGUCUAUGGUGAGGUGCACCAGAUGCUCUUCGAGGCCAACACAAAAAAGAAGCGACAGGACUGGAUUAGAGCCAUAGAGCAGGUCGAGGCCCUGAACCCCCAUUACGUUGUGGCUGGACACAAGAAGGCCGUAGAAGCCGACGGGCCCUGGCACUUGGCUUCAUCGAAGCAGUAUAUAGCUGAUUUCGGGGAGAUCCUCGCACGGGGCGCCGAAGACGCUGACAAGGUGUUUGAGGAGAUGUCUAGGCUCUAUCCACGUAGAUUCAACCCUGCAGCGCUGAGGCUUGGCUGCAUUGGUGCUUUCAAUGUCCCAAUAGAGCAACGUAUCUAA